CAAAGGAAGAAGAAGAAAGAACACGAAAAAGAGAUUAACGUAAGAAAUGGAUGUGCCGGAGGAGACGAGGCUUCGCCACAAGCGAGAUUUCAUCCAGUUCCUCGAAAACAUCUACAUGGAUGAAAUCAAGGCGCUGGUUCAGAACAAGCGUCACCGUUUGAUUGUGAAUGUAUCUGACAUUCAUACACACUUCCGCGAAUCUGAAUCUUCCUCUAGGAUAUUGAAGAAUCCAAUUGAGUAUAUGCAAUCAUUUUGCGACGCAGCCACUGAAGCUACACGCAACAUUGACCCUAAAUACUUGAAGGAAGAUGAGCAGGUCCUUGUUGGAUUUGAAGGUCAUUUUGUCUCUCGCCGUGUCACACCUAGAGAGCUCCUCUCUGAGUUUAUUGGAUCUUUGGUCUGUGUUGAGGGCAUUGUCACCAAAUGCUCUCUUGUGAGGCCGAAGGUUGUUAAAAGUGUACACUUUUGUCCAUCUACCGGUGAAUUUACCAAUCGAGACUAUCGAGACAUCACGUCCCAUGCGGGUUUACCCACUGGCUCUGUCUAUCCCACUAGGGAUGAUAAUGGCAACUUAUUGGUGACUGAGUAUGGUCUGUGCAAGUACAAAGAUCACCAGACCUUGUCGAUUCAAGAAGUGCCUGAAAACGCCGCUCCUGGUCAGCUUCCUCGAAGUGUUGAUGUCAUUGCUGAGGAUGACUUGGUUGACUCAUGUAAGCCAGGAGAUCGUGUGGCUAUUGUCGGCAUUUACAAAGCUCUUCCAGGCAAAAGCAAGGGUAGCGUAAAUGGUGUCUUUAGGACUAUCCUCAUAGCCAAUAAUAUCUCCCUGCUCAACAAAGAAGCAAAUGCACCUAUAUACACCCCACGAGACCUACAGGAGAUUAAGAAGAUUGCAGCAAGAGAUGAUGCAUUUGACCUUCUUUCUCGUUCCUUGGCACCUUCUAUUUAUGGUCACGCUUGGAUAAAGAAAGCAGUGAUACUACUGAUGCUUGGCGGUAUGGAAAAGAACCUCAAGAACGGAACCCACUUAAGAGGGGACAUCAACAUGAUGAUGGUUGGGGACCCAUCUGUUGCGAAAUCUCAACUUCUGAGAGCAAUCAUGAAUAUUGCACCAUUGGCUAUAUCAACUACAGGCCGUGGUUCUUCCGGUGUUGGGUUAACUGCUGCUGUGACGUCUGACCAAGAAACAGGGGAAAGAAGACUAGAAGCUGGUGCUAUGGUCCUCGCUGAUAAAGGUAUCGUCUGCAUUGACGAGUUUGAUAAGAUGAACGAUCAAGACCGAGUUGCUAUUCACGAAGUUAUGGAGCAACAGACUGUAACAAUCGCCAAAGCUGGUAUCCAUGCAUCACUAAAUGCUAGAUGCAGUGUGGUUGCAGCAGCAAAUCCCAUUUAUGGAACCUAUGACAGAUCAUUGACUCCAACAAAGAACAUUGGACUUCCAGACUCGUUGCUCUCUCGUUUUGAUCUGCUGUUUAUUGUGUUGGACCAAAUGGAUGCUGGUAUUGAUAGCAUGAUAUCAGAACAUGUCUUGCGCAUGCACCGUUACCAAAACGAUAGAGGUGAGGCAGGGCCAGAUGGGAACUUGCCGUAUGGGAGAGAGGAAGAUGGUGAAAGUGAAGUGUUUGUUAAGUAUAACCGAAUGCUGCAUGGGAAGAAGAAGAAAAGAGGCCAAACAAAUGAGAAAACUCUUACGAUUAAGUUCCUGAAGAAGUACAUUCACUAUGCCAAGCAUCGAAUUCAGCCAGAGCUCACUGAUGAAGCAUCUGAACGUAUCGCAGAAGCAUAUGCAGAUCUCAGAAAUGCAGGUUCUGAUACUAAGACUGGAGGUACGCUUCCGAUAACAGCAAGAACUCUAGAGACAAUCAUCCGUCUUGCCACAGCACAUGCCAAACUGAAGUUAAGCAGAAAGGUUACUAAAGUCGACGCAGAGGCUGCCUUGAAGCUGAUGAACUUUGCAAUAUAUCACCAAGAACUGACAGAGAUGGAUGAACGUGAGCAAGAAGAACGUCAAAGGGAACAAUCAGAACAAGAAAGAACACCAAGUCGUCACAGAGGCAAUCAAGAGAAUGCCUCCGCAAAUGUCGAACGGUUAGCUAAUUUCAUUUCUUCCAUUGAAGCCCAUACCGCAGCUAUCUUAAUUGUAAUACAUUGUUUUUUUCUUUUGUUGCUUGUUCCCCUCAGUGAAACAGCAGAGCCAAUGGACGUAGAUGAACCUCCCGCAGAGCAAUUUAGCGGCACAGUCUCUGCAGCAAGGAUUGAGGCCUUUGAGCGAGUGUUUGGGCAGCACAUGAGGGCAAACAGGCUCGACGACAUCUCUAUUGCAGAUAUAGAGACAGUAGUCAACAACAAUGGAGUUGGAGCUUCUCAUUACUCUGCAGAUGAGAUUAUGGCUCUCUUAGAGAAACUGCAAGAUGAUAACAAAGUGAUGAUCAGCGACGGAAAAGUUCAUAUCAUUUGAUCCAUCAUGAAGAAAUGCACCCGAUGAAGUUAUUUCUUCAUAUUAGAACUCAAAGUAGUGUAGUACUGUGAGAAGAGAAGCUAUUGGGGACCAAAGUAUCUUUUCUUUUUAAAUCAUACUUUUUAAUUUGUCUUUGCAUCUAUCAUUUAAAUUAAGAAACUCAAAUAUUUUGCUAGUCAUGGUCGCUUUCUUCCUAAAGAUCUUGUGUACUUGGACAAUGCAACCUCUUCAUUAAGU